AGGUGAGUGGCACGACUAUCAAGGUUACGAGUGGCACCACCAGAAUGACGAUGAUCGGCAGUUGAUCCAAGUCACUAUUAUAGCUUGCUAUAAAGGAAGACGAUGGACCAUUCGGCGUCUGAAUGUCUCCAUCCAUCAACCAAGUUAUUGCAUCGAGGAAGUCAUAACUCUUAAGUAUAUCUACACAUCGAAAAGUUACGAAACCUACGCAACAUGUCUCUCAACGGAAAGGUCGCCAUCGUUACCGGCGGAGCCAAAAAUCUCGGCGCCGAGAUUGCCCGCGAGCUCGGUGCGCUCGGCGCCUCGCUAGCACUGCACUACAACUCGGACAAGUCCAAGGACGACGCUGACAAGCUGGGCGCUGAGCUACAGCAGAGCUUCCCCAGCAUAAAAGUCAAAUUCUACCAGGCUAACCUGACCACUGAGGCCGCUGUCAAUGGCCUCUUUUUGGAUGUUCUAGCCGACUUUGGUAAGAUCGAUAUUGUUGUCAAUACCGUUGGCAAGGUGCUCAAGAAGUCGAUCAUCGACAUCUCCGAAGCUGAAUAUGAUGAGAUGUUUGCGGUUAACUCCAAGUCCGCAUUUCUCAUCCUCAAAGCUGGUGCCCAGCACGUGGCCGAUGGUGGCAAGAUUAUCACGAUUGUAACGUCCCUGCUAGCCGCCUUUACCGGCUUCUAUACAUCCUACGCCGGCUCCAAGGCCCCCGUCGAGCACUUUACGCGUGGCGUCGCUAAGGAACUGCAGCCUCGCGGGAUUAGUGUCAACGCUGUCGCCCCAGGUCCCAUGGAUACACCUUUCUUCUACCCACAGGAAAGCCCCGACGCCGUGGCCUAUCACAAGAGCCAGGCACUCGGUGGUCGCCUGACCGAUGUCAAAGAUAUCGCGCCGCUUGUAACAUUCCUUGUCACUGGUGGCCAGUGGAUUACGGGACAAACCAUCUUUGCCAACGGCGGUUACACUACACGAUAGAAUAGCAUUAACUAACAAUCUGGUUUGCUAACUAACUUCAAUAAUCUCGAUACUAUAUGAUAUGUACUAUUUUACCAAAAGUAUUUCCUAAGCUCAGUACACAAGCAGCAGUGUCCCCUUUUAUUAUCGUUAUAAUCACGU